GAAGACAUCAACGUCCGCAAAAUUGCCCGCCUUCUACGCUAUGGCUUCUCAUUGGUCGACUCAACUGUUACCACAGUGAUACUGUAGCAACCAGUGACUGUAUGGUGGCAACCAAGUCAUUACUCCACCCACCUCGCCAUUCAACGCGCUGAUUGGUCGAGAUACGUUCUGUCCAAUGUUUGUAAAUGUUGGUUGGGUAAACGGUAACGUAGUUCUCAGCGCGCAAAUUAAAGGUCCUGCAGCCUUCAAAGUUAUUCAACAUUUACCUGCUGUGAUUUAUUUCAAAAGUAUCUCGAAAAAAGGACAGAAAAGAAGAGCCUGUAACGGUCGGGAUCAUUUCAAAACAGACAAGGGAGAAAAUAUAGAAAUCCGUCCACAAUGGUCCUGAGUCAGAGUGAUGCGGCGAAGAGCCUGACCGCUGCCGCAGCCAAGGGAAAUACGGACGAGAUCAGGAGGAUGCUAGGGCCGGAAUGCAGAGUGCAUCCCGAUACUGUCAAUCAAUUUGGAAAGACCGCUCUACAGGUGAUGAUGAUGGGCAACUCCAACGUGGCCAGCUUACUGUUGGAGCACGGAGCUGACCCAAAUAUCACAGACCGGCGAGGAGUCUCACCGGCACAUGAUGCGGCACGCACUGGCUUCGUGGACACACUCCGGGUUCUGGUGGAGUUCGGCGGGUCAGUCAACAGGCCAGACCACACCGGCACCCUACCCAUCCACAUAGCUAUCCGAGAGGGCUACCGGGACGUCAUUGAGUUCCUUGCACCUCUCUCCAACCUGAAACACCCCAACACCAGUGGAGAGACAGCUGUUGACCUUGCCCGAGCCUCAUCGUCAUGUACACCGGACGUGGUAGAGCUUCUAGAGAGACAGCUGGAGUCUAAAGUGUUCUCUCACUCCCCACCUCUCCCUCUUUAGGAGUUAGAUGGACUCUACCACCAACCCCCCUCCCCCCCUCUCUCUAUGCCAAAUUGGAUGGUUCAUAGACUCCCCUGCUACAUCUACCCUACCUACACUCUCCUCUCAAAACCUGGUGACUUGAAUUCAUUGAUGUAAACUUUACUUUGUAAAGUAUGAUUUUUAGUAACUGGUCGAGGUUGACUUGUGUUUACCGUCCUGUUUUGGCAGCUUAUGGAAGAAUAAGUAUGGUGGACAUUAUUUGGACACCAUUUUUGCACAGAGCAAAGCACCUUUUGAUGGUAAAUUUGACCUCUUCCCCCCCUUUGAUUCAGGAGUGCACACUUGUACAUGGCUUUAUUAUUGAGUGUUUGUGAUGACUUAUAUUGCAUUAUUAUUCCUCACUGAAGGAAAUUGAACUGUUUUUUCAAACUUUGAUAUUUUGACUUGACAUGGUGUAUCCCAUGAUGACUGCAUUGCAUGGUAGUUGUGUUUAUCUUUGAAAACGUGUCUUUUAUUAGGCAUAUUUAGAAUUUUUGGGAAUUUUACAUGUAUUUAUUUAUUGAAAAUAUUCUUAUGAACUUUUGUAAAUAGCUACAUUUAUUGUCGAUUUUGUUUUUUUGAGAUGUUAUUUAUAUACAAAUACUAUUGAAAAUGAAAAAAUUAAGUAUUAAUUCCUUUUUGGAAGACUGAAGCACAAAAUAAAGUGUUUAACUUGACCUUUUUUGUUUCUAUUCUAUGGGACUUGGCUAGAGUUACUGUUGGUAAAAUAGCUACAACAGGUUAUACAAUUAGAAUGUCUCACUAUUAAAAUUCAGA